ACUUGCCGUUCACGUUCACGCCUCUCUUUUUUAUCUGCAGCAUUUUCCCACAUUUUCCCUGCAUCUUCCUCUCCUCGCAGAGAUUGAUUGAUCGAAUGGAGGGAUACGCUCCAGUAGUGGCGCCGCUGCCGCCGCCGCCGCCGGCAUCUUCCUCGCCCUCGCCUCGCCAUCAGCUGUCCUUAUCAUCUGCCGCUGGCGCCUCGUCAAAAGGCGAGCUAGCGAAGGCCGGCGGCGCCAAGAAGAAGGAGAAGACAGCGAGGAGGCACCGGUUCGCCUUCCAGACGCGGAGCCAGGUGGAUAUUCUCGACGACGGCUAUCGCUGGCGCAAGUACGGCCAGAAAGCCGUCAAGAACAACAAGUUCCCCAGAAGCUAUUACAGAUGCACUCAUCAAGGGUGCAACGUGAAGAAGCAAGUGCAGAGGCUGUCCAAGGACGAAGGCGUAGUGGUGACGACGUACGAGGGAGUGCACAGUCAUCCCAUCGACAAGCCCAACGAUAACUUCGACCACAUACUCAAGCAAAUGCAGGUCUAUGCCCAAUUCUAGCUUGUUAAAUAAGUAAUUAAUUAAUUUCGUUGGUAAAUUAAUUAAUUAGAAACUGGAUCUUGUUUUGUAAAUUAAUGGAAGGUUAAUUGAUUGAUUAAGUUCCCA